AUUAUCACGACUUUUCGUGCAGUGGAAAAUAUUCGCUAUAGCGAGACACAAGGUAAAUAAGAUGUUCUCGAUAGGAUAUUUUAAACUUCCUGGAAGUUUUCUACGAAUUCGCGAAUAUCUUAGUACACAACGAGCCUAAAGUAGUUUUAUUGAAUAAGACGUGAGGUAUGAUACAGUGGGAAGAAAUGAUCUAUUCAGGGAUUCCUCCUGAGCAAUUCCAAACAUUGACAAGUAUUCUUGAUGGAGGUGUACGUGGGCAGAACUGGAGGGCACUAAUAGCUAAUAUACCUGGAAAUAUUUACAAGGAUUAUGAAGUUGAGGAAUUCGCAAGGGAGUUACACCAGGGCAAGAGCCCCACGGAUAGACUACUACACGACCUCUCAUCCAGGCUGUAUACCGUGAAAGAUUUAGCACAGUUUUUGAAGAGCAUGAAACAUUAUAGAGCCCUCGAGUUGUUAGACUACUAUGAACCACCCCGUAUAGUGAAGAAUAUGCCCGAAACAUUAGUAGGUACAGAGGAUAGAACUGUCAGGCUAUGUUGCCAGGUAACGGCUGUUCCCCCACCAAAUUUCCAAUGGUUCAAGGCUAAGCAACUGAUAGAUGGAGCCACAAGUGAAACUCUUAUCAUUGAAAAUCUAAAGCAGACAGAUGCUGGUAGCUACAUAUGUAGGAUUGACAAUGGUAAAAGAGAGACAGUUAUAUUCUCUAAAUGGUGUAAACUGAAAAUGAGUCCACCUUCUGAUGAGAUCCUGAACUCCUAUGAAGAUGCUGGGUGUCAAAAUAAUCCAGUUGUAAUCCUGGAGAACUCUGACAGUCCUUUACCCACAAUGCUUUCCCAGGCACCAGUUAUCACGCAACAACCAAAAUCUCAAACUGUAUACAUGACGCAUCCAUUCAAUCUCAUCUGUCAGGCUACAGGGUCUCCACCUAUCAGCUAUAAAUGGUACAAAGAUGGCCACCUAUUGGUUGAUGAGCUCACAUGUCAGUUAAAGAGAAAUGAAGCCAGGGCAGAGGAUAAUGGGCUAUACCACUGUGAUGUUUCAAACACAAUUGGCCUCACUACCAGUAGAGAGGCACAGAUAUCAAUCGAAUACCAACCUGGCCAAAUGGGACUUCCACAGAUUUAUAAACAUCCUGACCCUAAGUCUAUAUCCAUAGGGGAUAAGGCUUAUUUCUCCUGCAAGGCACGAGGGGCAGAGCCUCUGAGAUACCAGUGGUUCAAAGCUGGCUCACAUGAUAAUAAAAUGUUAAUUGGUUACACUGACCCAGAUAUUUGUAUACCCAUUGAAAGUGAAGAUCAGGAGGGAAGGUACUAUUGUGAGGUGUCCAAUGAUAAAUUUGGUAGAGUGCAUUCAGAUCAGGCGAUAUUGCGGGUUCUUCCAAGUAAACAGUUCACAGCUAUAGAUAAGGUCGCCCUCUUAAUUGGCAAUCUGUACUACAGGAAUGGUCGACAACUGACAGCGCCAAAGUUUGACAUAACAACCAUGAGAAACCUCCUUGAAAAACAAAACUUCCGAGUCACAUCAUAUUUGAAUCUGACGCUCACUGAAAUGGUGAAUGCAAUCCGCCAUUUUUGUUCCACACUCGGUAAAGGAGUAUACUGUGUGUUCUACUUUGUGGGACAUGGAUUUGAGACUGGUGGCCAGUGUUUUCUUGCACCAUCAGAUGUUAGGAUGAAUUACACCUCAGUGGACUGUGUAUGUAGCAGUUGGAUUUUACACCUUAUACAGCAUGAUAUACGGAAUGCUCCAGCAUUGAAUGUCUUCUUCCUUGAUAUAUGCAGAGAAAGACAUGACAGUGGUAUAGAUGAGAUACUACCAGAGUAUGAUGUCAAGAAAACAGGCAAUAUGUACAUAUUCUAUGCCACGAGUAAGGGCUAUAAGGCUUAUGAGCACAAAGGAAGGGAAACACCACUUGGGAAAACUUUGCCUGCCGGAAUUUUUGUAGAAAAUCUGGAGAUGGCCAUGACUAAACCAAGGAGCCUGGAUGAUAUAUACAGAAAACUGCAAGAAGGUAUUGCUAAAGAUCAAAGUUGUCGGAACAUUAUGUUUCCCGAGGUAACCAAAGACUUGUCUCAGAGAAGAACAUUAUGGGAUCCUAUAUGUAAAUCUGAAGACCUGCAGACUCACUUUUCCAGACUUUCAUUGAUUCAGCAGUUUAAAGAUAUGCAUCAGCCUCCUGAUAUUUUAUGUUGCACUCUUCCUGAUGUUGGAGUAGAAAUACAGGUGAAAUGUACCAGCCCAGUGUUGUUUUCAAAUGUGUUGGAGAUAAUAGUGGAUACACACGACACCCCUGAUGCUUCUAACUGUAGAUCUUGGGUCACAGAUGUCCCUGUGCAUGUCUCUGUUGAGGGAGGAGAAUCUACUGUGCUGUAUCACCCUCCGCACAGUGUCACAAUUACUUGCAUAAAUGACAUUCAAAAACUUAAGGGAGAUCUUAAUAUUGGAGUCAUGGUUACAUACGUAAACAGAAAUGGAGAAACUAAGGAAAUUAAGGUGCCUAUGAAUCUUGGACGCCCUCUAGUGUCAGUCUUGGAACUUUGGCGCAAUGGAGAAGAGCAAAUUAAAGAGCAAGUGGGAGGGGGACAGCAGGCUGUUGAAAAUGAUGAACAUAACCUAAUGCCAGCUGUUUCUCUGCUCUCUGAUGCCCUGAAUAAACAGUCACUGUGAGGGGCCAGUGUAACUAUAACUAUGCCCUAGUAUUUAUUAUGGUGAUAUUGUUAUAAUCUCCAACUUUUUUGUGGCAGCAGUUGUUGUUUGGAGGUUGGUUUUCAGAGUUUUGCGUUCUACAUCUGUAACAAAUGGCAGGUGG